AAUCAGUUUCAUGCUACUAGCUUCAUUGAAAGGAAGCCUGAACUACAUAAUAGUUAUCUAGAGCUGAUAGAAAUAGGUGGAUCAAGGCAUUCUGUCACAUAUGGUGUAAACAAUCGUAGCCCUCUUAUCAAACUAAUUGGCUUUGAUAUUACGAAAUGUCUUCCUUUUGACAUAAUGCACACACUGUUCGAAGGUGUGGCUUCCCAUCACCUUCAGGCGUUACUAGAGUACCUAAUCAAAGAUAAGAAAUCCUUCACUCUGGCCCAACUCAACACAAUUUUACGUACACACAAAUAUAGUAACUCAGAAACCAAACCAUCACCGAUUAACAAGGAUAAUGAUGGUUCUUUCCAUAUAAAACAAACAGCAUCUCAAAUGAUGACGUUGGUCAGACUAUUUCCAUUCCUAUGUGGUAAUGUUGAAGUGGAAAAUGACAAACACUGGGAUUGCUACCUCAUUCUUUUGGCAAUUUGUGAUAUGGCCUGUUCUUUUGAUGUCCAGGAAAGUGAUCCUACUAAAUUUGGAUGGAUGGUACAAGUAUAUCUUGAGUCUUUUGUGACGCUUUAUUCUCCUCAAUUUUCUGUCACACCAAAGAUGCAUUAUCUUGUUCAUCUCCCUAAACAAAUGACUCUGUUUGGUCCACUAAGACACCACUGGUGUAUGAGGUUUGAGUCAAAGAAUGCACAAAUCAAAAGCUUCGUUACACGCUGCUUUAGAAAUGUACCUCUUUCCGUUGCAAUACGCCAUCAACAGUAUCUUUCAUACCAUUUAUACACCCCACCAGAACGACAUUCCUCCAAUUUUUUAUAUGGUGGUGAUCAAGUUUCAGGAGAUUCACAACAGUUUGACCAUUAUAGGGAAGGUAUUGAGAAGCUGCUAGAUAUACCCAACAAUUCCCUUUUUGGCAUAAGGUGCAAGUUUGUAAUAAUUAAUGGAAUCGAAUACAAACCUGGAUAUGUCAUACGCAUAAAACCAACUGAGCCUUCCUAUGACUUUGACUACGGACUCAUUGAUGCCAUCCUUAUGUAUGAAGGCCACAAGAUCUUCCUAACAACAAUUCUAGAAAUAAAGAAAUUUCAUAAAUCACUUUGUGCCUUUGAAGUUUCUCCCACACAUAACGUCAAAUAUGUGCUUUAUGGUUCCUUGUAUUGUCAUGGAGUGGUACAUAUACAUACCAAAUCAGGAAACUUGUACAUUAUUGAGAAAAAUUAUUGUUUUAAGGAUUUAUGGUGUUUAUUUUAGUAUGACAUGUAUUGUUACAAAGUUAUUUUCAUUUGCUCUUA